AUGUGUGCCAAAUAUCUGAAGAACAUGCAGUAGGGAAUCUAAAGAUAUUGAAUGAUGCUCCCUGCAAAAAACCAAGCCAAAUGGAUUACUGCUUGUAUUUUCAGAGCUACUAUGGAAUAUUGUGGCCAAAUUUCUGUGGGCUAUUCUUGUGUAAUUCCUGAGCUUGGCAAAGUUGAUUGUAGGAUAUUCACUCGGUUGGUGAACAAACAGGCGUCAACAGUGACUAAGUAAACCACGGUUAGUAGAGAUAAAGGGGAAUGAUGCCACACCCACCUCGUGAGGACGGGAGGCCGCGAGAAUUAGAGAUUCGAGAAGGAAAAGCGACUCGCAAACCUUCAUUCUAAACCCUUAAAAAAUUAUUAGUUUUGCCAAUAUAAUAUGAUCUACUUAAUUUUGGGGGCGAAAAUGGUCCUCCAACCUUACUUAGUUAAGCAAAGUUCCUAUCGCCCCGGCGCCUCUGAGCAACUAGAGAGUCCGCCUCCCCACGGUCCUCCAGGGACCGGGGAGCGGAAAGGCGCGCCCGCAGUGACGCAUUUAUCCCGCGCGAUGACGUGGCUGCCAGGCGCCCGGCGGCACGUUGGCCAGGCCUUGGGCGGGCUUCAGGGGGCGCAAACAUGGCUAUGGCCAGCGAUUUCUACCUGCGCUACUACGUAGGGCACAAGGGCAAGUUUGGACACGAGUUUCUGGAGUUCGAGUUUCGGCCAGACGGAAAGCUUAGAUAUGCAAACAACAGCAAUUACAAAAAUGAUGUCAUGAUCAGAAAGGAGGCUUAUGUACACAAGAGUGUAAUGGAAGAACUGAAGAGGAUUAUUGAUGACAGUGAAAUUACAAAAGAAGAUGAUGCAUUGUGGCCUCCCCCUGACAGAGUUGGCCGACAGGAGCUUGAGAUUGUAAUUGGAGAUGAACACAUUUCUUUUACCACAUCAAAAAUAGGUUCUCUUAUUGAUGUAAAUCAGUCAAAGGAUCCUGAAGGCCUUCGAGUAUUUUACUAUUUGGUACAGGACCUGAAAUGUUUAGUAUUUAGUCUUAUUGGAUUACAUUUCAAGAUUAAACCAAUCUAAAUUGUAUGUUUUUGAAGCUGUUUUUAUAUUUAAUUAGGGGUUUGUCAUUUACACUAUUGGGAUUUUUAUAAAUGUGAAACUUUUUUUUGUAUGCCAACUAAAAAUAAGAAAAUACAUAAAUAGGCUAAUGGUUAUUCUCACUUGGGUCCAAGUGGUUAGACAGUCCUCACACAUGAAAUUCUGUAAAUAAAAGCAACCUUUUGUUGAGAGUUUGCUCUAAUAAAACAUAUCAAA